AUGCGCUGUAUGGUAGCAGUCUUGCGAGGCUUCGCGAUUUUCUGUCAGCCACACUACGUCUCGGGACUUGAAUGCCCGCGCACCGUCGCACAUUGGCGUGGGAAGGACCGCAAAUGGCGAGAAGAAGCUCUGCUUGCGCCGGUAGGAUCAUGGCAGCAUGCUGCACUGACUGGUUUGAUCUCGUCUGACGACGUCGGCUUCGGCGUACUCUUCAACAGUGGAGGUGGUGGGAGGAGUUCUUCGUUCGCCAUUGUAGGUGUUACACCAGAUCGAUCUUCAUUCCGUAGUCACUGGGAGUUCCAUUGGAAAAAGGCUCGCACUUGGCUUGGUAAUUUUAUCGUCGGUCUAUGGUUGAUAGUCGGACGCCAAUCAAUAAUGGAGUCGGAGAGUCGUCUGCUAUCCAAUGCAGGAUUUGAUGUCCUGCUUGAUCUUUCGCUUUCCCCAUACGCUGCCCCGGACACUUCAUCGCGUCCUUUGAACCUCGGCGGCAUUCAGACUGACCGCGGUCAUCCAUCUCACCAGUCAUGGACUAGCAGCGGAACAGGUGCAUUCCGCAACCUUGGCCUCGACAGAGAUCUCGGUCGCAUGUCGUCCAAGAACAACAGCAGCAGAGGAACACCAAAGUACGAAGAGGAGAAACAGCAAAAUGAAGGAGAGCAAGCGGGGGAGGGAGAGAGGAAAGUUGGGGAGAGAGAAGCGGAAUCAGCGCAAAUGGAGAACGGCGAGGGCGAGAAUGACAGGAGUACUAUCACUCAUCCAUCCUUCUCGAACCUGUGCUCGUCCAUUGCCAUGCUCCCUUCCAUUGGUGUCCAAGUGGUAGUACUUGCAACAAGCCACGCUGAUGCAACAGGUGACAUCCGAUCCGCGAUGGUUUGUGCAACCCCGAGGGUACUCACUGCACCCCAAAUCAACGCCGACAGGAAGCUCGUAGGGUUUCAUUGUCAAAGCGACCAUAAUGUUGGUGUUCCUCCUGGUACUCCAUCCUGCAGCGCCGCCAUUACCAUCUCCACCUCGGCUAUUGCUACCGGCGGAAGCUUCGUGGCUCGGUUCGAAAAGGAUAAGGAAAAGGGCUGGGAGUCGCCGUACGGCAAGGAAUCUGCAGCCAUGACAGUCGACAUGUUCUCGAAGGCAGCAGCAACGGAGUGCGAUCGCAAGGCAUGUCGGAUGGAUGUGCGGCGCGGGCCGCGUAUAAGCAGCGCUGCGUAUAAGCGGCGUGGGCUGCGUAUAAGCGGCGCUGCAUAUAAGCGGCGUAGGCUGCAAAUAAGCGGCGGACUGCAGUACUUGGACGCGUAUGUUGCAGCGGUUCAGGGUAAUGCGCGGCAGGGAGUUCUCGAUCAGCACGGCGCAGGCAGGGAAGCGAGCGCAAAGGAACGCGCAACGGGCGCAAGAUGCAGGCUUCUCGCAGAGGACAUUGCGCGCUGGGUGGAAAUCAUAGAAGAGACGGAUUGCGGCCCGCCCGAAAUCCAAAUCCGAGAAAAAACAUCACUCUCGGUGUCUGUACUCGCCACUCAUCAUGCUCGCCUCUCGGAUUGUCUGCUCCCAUUCGGACCUCCGAUCAACACCAUCGCCGCAUCCGGUCCUUCGAGAUCUCCCGUGCUACAUGUACAACCCAAGGAAGAAUCGCUCUCAUCUCAAAUCACUACCAAGACCAUAAAUGAUCAUGAGGUGGCUAGUCGUGCUUUGGUCGGGUUCCUGCAGCUGUCGACACACUUCAUCUCUGAUCGACUGGCCAUCACGCAAAGCAUGUGUACAGUAAGUGACAGCAACGGCGAUGCUCGACUUCGGCUAGCUUCGGCGGCUUGCUGCCUUUGCCUGCAUAAUGCCGAACCUGGACGACUUUCACCGACAGCUGAUCACGAACUACUCGCCAUUCUGCAUUCAUCGCCAGCUGAGGCAAAGCUCGACUUUGGCCAGGACGGCCGACUACUAUCGCCAGGCAAUGCCGGCGGCACCGACUUGAAGUCGACAGUCGACAAUGACCUGAUCGCUAGUCGAUGCCCUGUGAACGAGAAUCCAGGACCCAACACGAUCAGCUUCUUUACAAAAGAUCCUCCACUUCUAAGUGCUGUCCCAAUCUUCCCUUACCCGUCGCCCAUUGGAGGAUCUUCUACUAUGGCAUCAGACAUCAACUACCUUCCGUACUUCGAUUCACAUCUGCAGGCUCCAUGUUUCAUGCGGCCGACCAGGCGGUACACGAAAAACCAAAUUCAAAAUGGACAUGUCCUCCCUGGAACGACUUGCCAACGAUUCCAACGAUUCGAUUGCGAGGGUACAGACGACAAGAAACUUCAGAUCGGUCGUCUCAACCGCCUUAUCACUGUCGAGAAGGCGGCGCAGAACAAGCUCGGGCUUUCGAAAGCCAUCCUAGACUUGAUGCAGGUCAUGAGUUGCAGGUGUCACAUCGCUGGCUUCUCUGCCGACACAGCCUUGGCCUGGUCACUCUCACUCGCCGACAUGCUGUUGUCAUGGAAUGAAGUGCAGCCAUCCCUGCCACCAUCCUCGUUAGGCAAGCGUAAGCGGAUAGAACUGCCACGUAGCGAGCCGGAAGAGCCAUUGCCAAGGGUGAGCAAGAAGGGAAAGCAUACGGAGGAAGCGAACUCCAUUGAAACUUCCAUUGUCGAUGCUGACCUCCUAUCACUCAUGACCGCCACGGAAACACCGCCUCUUACCCAAUAUGGCCUGUCCGCUGUCCCGACACAGGCGUCUCUGGAUUUCACUUCGCUGGACGGAUCAUCUCAGCUGCCUCAGCACGACAGCUUGCUUGUCCGAUCAAGCACUCCACCGUCUGGGCUGGAAUGGCUCAGCUUUUGCGUUUGGUGUAUGGAACCCGAGUCUGAACACGCUGCCGACUGUUUUCUCGCCUUGCAGAGCACCAGUUCAGCAGGCGAAGGCUCCGCUGUCGGUCAAAGCAAAGAAGUCUCUGCACCCAGCACUAGCACAGCAGGCAAAGUCCAAGGCACCUCUGUCGGAUCUCACAAUAAAGAAGCUUUUGCAUACAGCACCAGCACAACAGGCGAAGGCUCCUCUGUCGGAUCUCACAGCACAGAAGCACUCGAGCUCCCCAUCAUCCCUAUCAACUGUAUUGAGUGUAUGCAGCCUGUUGACGCACAUGCGGCCGGCUGUACUUUCGACGUGUGUCUCUGGUGCAAGCAAAGCCUUCUCGAGCACGCGGCUGACUGUCGAUUCGAUGAAUUCUUGGCCUCGAUGGAACCCUUCCCAAAUGCAACAGAAUCCGAGCCCAAACUCCCCACUAACAACCUUUUCUUCACGCUGACGCGGACGACAACAACUUCUUCCAAGGCACAUAGCCGACAGAAGGCCAGAGCGACGAGCGUGCUGAGCCCACGCCGUCUCCCGACACCAUUCAGCCCGGUGCACAAGUUUGACUUGAAGAAGUGCUUGGGAGGGUGUGGGAAGUUACUCUCCAGAAUUUUAACAAUGAUGUCCUUGUGCUUAGGUUGGAUCUCACAAUGGCCGUCACUUAUAACGAUGGACGAUGGACGAUUGACGAUGGACGAUGGACAAUUGACGAUAGAUUAG